UCCACCACUUUUGAAAAACUAGUUACUAGUAUUAGGUUAUUAGAAAACUUAAUAUUUGAGAGAAGAUGAGAAGAGAAUUACUGAUAUGGUCCUUUUUUAUUCUCUCUGUGGUUGUUCAUUCUGCAUGUGAAACCACUUCCAACCCUAAAACCGGAGAUUAUACACCUCUGAAGAAGCAGCAUGAUUACCUUAAGCUUAAGGAUGUAUAUGAUACGAGGAACAAAUCAAGCACAAUGCAUGAAGUUCAGCAUUUAAGGAUUUCCCAGAAACUGAAAGCAAAGCCAACCCCCGGUGGUGCCUCCGACCUAAGUCGCACCCGUCCCAGCAAGGGUGCAGCAAGCUCUGUACUAGCUAAACACCCCAGUUUCUUCCUCUUCGCAGUGUUCAGGCAUGUUGCUGUUGGAUUGAUCAUCUUUGCUCUGUAUUAAUCGCUUGAGGUAAUUUUGUACACGUUAUUUAGGACGCGAUGGAUGUGGAAGUUUCGCGAUCAAACUUUCGCUGUUAAACCCGUUUCUCAAACCUGCUUCUUAUGUAAUUGUAAAUUAGAAUAUCUACUUAUUGCAUUAUUUGACAUUUCUUCCCAUCUA